GGGAGUUAGGAACCUGCAUUGCACUCUAGGCCCUCACACACAUCCCUUUCUCAAAAGGGUCUGCCCCCGAGCUGGGUACCAGAGAGGCCUCAGAGUUUUUCCUUCAUUUGUCGUUUUCUCUUCCCCGUUCCCAGAAGACCAUGCCCAAUAUCGCCGUGCUAGGAUCGGGCGGGGGCCUGCGGGCCACGAUCGCCCUUCUGGGAACCUUGACAGAGAUGAAGAACCAAGGCCUGCUGGACGCCGUCAUGUACCUGUGCGGGGUGUCGGGUUCCACCUGGUGCAUGUCCACCCUCUACAACGGGAAGGACUGGGCAAAGAACAUAGUGGGGCUGGAAGGAAACCUGUGUGCCUAUCUUCACUCAGCUGAAAUUGAUAUUGAAAAGGAGUUGGGUUUGGUGACAAAGGCAGCAGAUGGUGAACUCUUCUCUCUGACCGAUGUCUGGGAAGCGUUCGUUGUCAAAAGUAUAUUGAAACUGCAAGGUAGAAGUAAGUUAUCUGAACACAAGGCUGCCGCCAGUAAUGGGAUUAACCCGUACCCCAUCUAUGCAGCAAUAGAACAGAACACAUUUGACAAAGAUCAUACAAGUCCAGGGGCCUGGUUUGAAUUCACCCCCGAUGAGUCUGGCUUUCCUGGCCUGGAUGUAUUCGUGAGCACCAAAGAUUUGGGAAGCAAAUUCCAGGGUGGGAAUUUGACAGCACCACAGGAAGAGAAAGACAUCGGCUACUUGCAAAGUCUCUGGGGAAGUGCCUUGGGAAGCAUGCAGGAAAACAAACACUAUUUAAUAGAUCACAUUAUAGAGCUACUCACAGACCUCUGGAACAGUUUUGAGAAGUCUGGAAAAGUGAAGGAAAACAUCGGUUUUCAUCUGCUGAGCUUUGAAAAUAGUAAAUCUGACUAUUGGACAAUCUUUAAAAAUGCUGUUAUGAAGAUACUUUCAAUGAUCCUUCAUUUGGAACUGAAAGAUCCAGAAUUCUACAAAAAAAUUGAAAAAUUUUGCUCGAAAUUGAUAACCUGUUUCUCUAACUGGACAUGGGGGAGCACCAACAACUUUCUGCAUAAAAAUGGGAAAAUCCAAACCGAUGGCUUGGACGAGCGCGAAGUCCUCAAUUUGAUUGACGCUGGCGUGGCUAACAACUGCGCCUACCCGCUGGUCCUGCGCCCCGCCAGGCGCGUGGGGCUGAUCCUCUCCUUCGACUUCAGCGAUGGGGACCCCUUCGAGACACUCAAGAAGGCGUCCCAGUAUUGUGUGGAAAAUCAGAUCCUAUUCCCCCCGAUAGAUGUGAUUAAGGACCAAGACAACCCCUCCGAUUGCUACGUCUUUGAAGGACAGGGCACUCCCACCGUCAUGCACUUCCCACUCUUCAACACGAAAAACUGUCCAGAACCACAAGAAAUUGAAAAGUCCAGAGAGAAGUUUGGCACCUUUAACAUGUACUACGCAAAGAAUGAUGUUGAUGAACUCCUCAGCAAAGCAGGGAUGAAUGUGUCCAACAACAAGGAGAAGAUUCUGGAACAGAUCCAGAAGAUUGUGCCCGCUACCCCCAAGAGAUUUUAAAACCACCUCUCUUUUUCAUUCAUGAAAGACAGAAAAAUCUUUGCCUGACUCACACAUAACACUGUACACUGGGGUGGCCAAUACAUUGGUGGCAGUUCACUGGGGUUAGCCCCGGUGGACCGCCGUCAUUAUAUUUAACUGCACCUCCACAGGUACGGGCAACCGCAGCUCCCAUUGGCUGGGAACAGUGAUCUGUGACCAAUAGGAUUUGUGCCCCCCCAUACCUGCGGAGGUGCGGGUAAAUACACCAGUGUGGGGCCCGCCAAGGCUAACCCCGGUAGAUCCGAUCCGGCCGUAGGCUGGUGUUUGCCCACCCCUGCUGUACACUGUGCGCAUUCAGAACCAAAUGGCAGCAGGGAAAAGUGGGUUAGAUUCACAAAGGGAUUUAGGCACCGAACUGCCCUGUAGGGGCCCAAACCCCAGAUUUCGGCACCUCAAGACCCUUGCUCAGCUGCCGCGAAACACGGAACUCCCUCGGCACCUAAAAUCUUCCCUCAGCACCUAAAAUCUUUCUAGGUACCUAGAUUUCUGUCUCAGGGCCUGUGCCCCAUCCCGCCGGCCCAGUGCCCAAGUCCCAGGGACUCUGAAAACCAGAACUGAGGUGUCGCCUGAUACAAGGUGGGUUUCAGCCACAGCUGAGUGUGGGGCAGGUGAAUCCCAGUGGGGCCCGGUGGCUGGGCUUCCCCUGCGGAAUAGGGCAGCUGGGAGCCAAGGCCUUUUGUGA